UGCACUUCGUUGGUUCACAGGAACACAUUGUUUGCAAAAUGAACACAUACUUUGCGGUAUCUUGCCUUUUGGCAUUCACUGCAAGAGUGGCAGCUGCGCCGCAUGGGCAUGGGGUGGCAUACUUGCCCAUUACAACUGUAGAUAAAAUUAAUGACCCUAGCUACGCCUUCGACUACGCAGUGAACGAUCCGUCAACCGGCGACAACAAGGCCCAAUGGGAGGCACGCCACGGAGACGUCGUGAAGGGCGCCUACUCUCUGGUGGAGCCCGACGGCAACAUUCGCCUUGUGGAGUACACUGCGGACCCAGUAAGAGGCUUCAACGCGGUCGUCAAGAAGACCGGACCGAGCAUUCACUCCGUUGCCCUACCCGUCGCUAAACCAAUCGCCGUUGCUCCCUUGGUCGAGCAUGUCGCCCCGGUUGUAGCUCACGACGUCGCCCCAGUCGCUCCAUUAGCUCCGGUCGUUCACGAUAUCGGCCCGAUCGCCCCGCUCGUCCACGAGGCCCCUCUCAUCACCCCGCUCAUCGCCCCGCUUGACAUCCACUACCCCCUUCUACACUACGCCCCGUCCUACGGACCCCUAGUCUCGGUUUCCGGAACCACGUACGGUGCCAAAGGCAACAUCGUCCGCAGAUGGACCGCUGGACCCAUGUCUUUAGACGGCAAGAAGAUAACCAUUAGAACCAAACAUUAA